AUGAUGGCUGGAGAGAAGAGGGGGGAUGCUUUGGAUGAGGGCCGAUGGAGCAGCAGCCGUGGCGGGGGGGAGGAGGAGGCUGGGGUCGGGGUUCUGGGGCUAGCUCCACGGGACCUCCACGGGAACCUCCACGCGGCCCUCCAAUGCGAGCCCACGGGAGACGCUGUUCCACGAGAGGCGCGCGUACGGGACAGCUCUCAAAAUGGCGUUUCCUUUUGCAGAGGGAUGUGCAAACUUGGACUAACUUUACUCCGGGCUGUUCCCUCCUCCUGUCUCCUCCCUCCUCCCCUCGCGCUGCUUCCUUCUCUCCUCUUCUUGAAAAAAGAAAACUUCGUGAUGAACGCGAGCCGUGUGCAAACGCCGGGGCUUGUGGUGGUUUGUGUUUGCGCUUUUUUCGCACUUUGGCGUCAGAUUCCGGCGCGUACGUGGAACAGCGCGUGUGUGGAGCUCAGCGCGAUAAGCAGGGCGCAUCACGUGUUUGUCUCCAGUCUCCAAGGGGACGUGGCCACCAAGCAUCUCCAGCCCUCCUCCUUCUUACGCACGGCACACGAGCCUUUACGCAGCGCUCCUCAUCCUCCGUGA